GAGAAGCUUUUGGAAGGGAGUGGAUAUAUGAGAUCUCUAGUAGGGGCUACUUACCAGUGUUACUUUUCUUUUUGUGGCAGGUGCUCAGAGAGCUCUGGCAUGCUCAGCCAUUGGGUUAUGUUAGUCUUUUGCUUCUUGGGGCAGCUUUGUGCGGAUCAGAGCAUGAAACCUCAGCUUGCAGCCCCUCAGCUUGCAACCAACAAUCCCACUCUCACUACAGUUGCCCUAGAGAAACCAUUCUGUACAUUUGAUAGCUCACUACACCCAAACAAAUCUUAUGCCAUCUACUUGUAUGUGAUGAAAAGUUCAGGAAGCACAAUAAGCUCUGUGGUGACUGACAGCAGCAGCAAGCCACUGGACAAUACAUUCCAGCAAACACAUGGGGGACAGCUUGGACCUUACAAGGCUGCCUCAUUCGAUGUACCCAACUGUAUGUCACCCCCCAAGUUUACUGAUGCAGGAGACACCAACAAAGUUUCCGAUGUCCUGAAACAAUACCUCUUCAGAGUUGGGGACGAUGGGAGUUGUUUGUAUGACCCAAACUUCCUAGACAUCUGCAACCCACCUCUUGCACCAGACACAACAUACAGAUUUAAAUAUGUUUUGGUCGAUAACACUGAAGGUAUCAUGAAAGACCAAACUCUUUGGUCUGAUCCAAUCAAAACAAGAAAAGGUAAACUUCCCAUGAAAAUUGAUAUCUGGCCCGGACAAAGGAGUGGAAGCAUGAUUGUCAUUACAUCAAUUCUAAGUGUGUCAAUGUUCCUUCUGCUUGCUGGCUUGCUCGCUUCUGUGCUUUCUGCUCUCGUGGUAUCAGAAGAUCCUUCUGCAGAGACAAAGGGCCCUUCUGGGACUACUCAACAGAGUGAACUGAGACCACAGCUGAGCUCUGAGUGAACAGCCUGAUUCAAGUGAAGUCUGGAAAUACAGCUGGACAUGUGCUGUGCCCUGCAGGACUUCUGCCCAGCACUGGCCUCCUGCUACAAUAUGCAACAAACUGGGCCUGUACAACACAGAAAAUUGACUGUUUUUUAAGUCUUGCAGUGCAUGAUAUCCUGUCUUGUCUUGAAAUCUUAAUAAGAUUUCACUUAGGUGACUGCAGUCGAUAGCACACAUCGGGUGCCUGAUCUGGAGAUGAAGGUUUAUGAGAUCCUUCAGCUUCAACAUUCCAAUAAUAAGUUUUCUAGCAUAUGUUCCCAUGUGGAGUAAACAUUACAGCAGACCUGAUUUGCUUCUCAUAUUCAGCUGAAUGUGACAUAGCCAUUGGAGUCUCAGCACUUCUCUAUAUAGUAACUGCUGAGGAGUUAAAAAAUAAAUAAAUACACCUAACUGCUUUAGAAAACAGUGUUAUAAGACAUGAGUAGGGAUUGAAAGGUGGGUAAAAAAACAGGGCAAUACUCCUUCCUCAACAUUUUAGUGACCAGUUGUCAUACCUUCAACUUUGUCUUUUCUUCCUAGAAAGGAAGAAACCAAGUUCCAAUUACCCUGCAGGUAGCAGAGUAAUCCUGACCUCGUACACUUAAAUAUCCUCAAAUAGUUUUGCAGGAAUGGUGGCUAAUAGAAUUGCUUCAAAUCUCUUCAGAGCUCCAUAUAACUGUUGAUUGGCUGGUAAAGGGGUGAUACUGCUUUGAUGGAAAAGCUCAAGUAUAUUCACAGCUAUCUGGCUUAGCCUCAUUUCUGUCUUUUCUUUACCUUAGACAGCAGCGUCUUCACAUCUUACAGUCUAGGCUGGUGGGGGGUUUAGAGUGAUUCUUCAUUUUGUGAUUUAUUGGUGAUUAGAAAUAAAUCUUUGCACCAGGUUUAAGUUA